GCUCGGACCGGUGCCCAAAUCUCUGUUUUGACUUGCCUGGGAAAGUUGCGAGAAAAGGCACAAAAGGACCGAGGACUUUAAGAACCCCCCCCCCACCACCCACCCCCUACAGCACGACGCGUCAACUUCAUAUAAACACUUUAUUCCUCCUGUGGAUCAGUCGGUCCAUCUCGAGAGGAGGAAUCCGGAUUUGAUUGAUUGUUGUUCGAGCUGGCUGAAGAUAAGAUGGGAUGGACGAGUUAACAAGACAGAUGGACUUCCUCUCAGGAGACUUGUCAGAAGAAAAGGUUGUGACAGAAACUGUAUCCUCCACGUCCAGACUGACUUCUCUACCGCCAAAGGGAACCAGCGGAUCAAAUCACAGGAAUAUGUCCAGCGGUGCUGGAGGGCUGGGCUUGGAGAAGAAUGUCUUAACCCAGAACAGCAGUGGAACUUAUUUCUCCUCAUCCUCUGUAGGUGUGAACACCAGCAGCUACAGCUCCUCCUCAGGAGUUUACCUCGGAGGAGACUCCUCGGGAGGAGGUGAUGGAGGGGGGUGCUACAUAGACGGUGAGGGAUACGGAAGUGGAAGCGGAGGAGGUGGCGGCGGAGGCGGUGGUGGAGGAGGAGGCGGCAGAGGCGGUGGCAGCUAUCUUGUGAGCUCGGUGUCAAAGGUCAGGUCCAGCUCCUCGGGUGGUGCACGGAGAGCGCAGACUGCUGGCUCAUCAGGAGGCCUGUCGCCAGGUUUCCGCGAGAGGAAGACCAUAUCCAGCCGCUCAGGAGGUUAUGAUGGAAGUUCCAGUGCUAAUUCCUCUCCAGAAUUUACACGCAAAGAUUAUGGAGUCUAUUGCUCCAGCACCACAAGAGGGAGGAGCGAAAGCAGAGAGAGCGAGAUCAGAGCCAGAUUACAAAGUGCCUCUCCCACCGCCUGCAGAUGGACGGAGCUAGACGAUGUGAAGAAGCUGCUGAAGGGACGCUCUUGCAGCGUCAGCCCCACUCGCUCCUCCAGUGCUUCCAUAACCCUGCCAGUUCCUAAAAAGGCCAGUGUGGAAACCAAGACCAUCUCUGUGGCCUCUCAGUCAGUUCAGACUUCAUUUGGCUCUGGUGUGCGAUCAGGUGCCUUCCACACCAUUGAUACACUGGGCCUGUAUGAUAACGGUCUGACAUCUGGGCAGUUUGAUACUGGUGUAAAAUCAAGCCAGUAUGAUGUCACUCUGAAAUCAGGCCAGUAUGAUACUGGUGUGAAAUCAGGCAGGUAUGAUGUUAGUUUGAAAUCAGGACAGUUUGAUACUGGUGUAAAAUCAGGCCAGUAUGAUACUGGUGUAAAAUCAGGCCAGUUUGAUACUGGUGUAAAAUCAGGCCAGUAUGAUACUGGUGUAAAGUCAGGACAAUAUGACAUGAGUUUGAAAUCAGGGCAAUAUGAUACUGGUGUCAGAUUGGGCCAGUAUGAUACUGGUGUAAAGUCAGGACACUAUGACAUGAGUUUGAAAUCAGGGCAGUAUGACAGCAGUGUGAGAUCAGGCCAGUAUGAUACUAUGAGAUCAGGCCAGUAUGACACUCUGGACGCUACACUUCCAUCUUUCUCUUGGUCCACCUCCACGCUGCCCUCCUCCUCCGCCACCGUGGUUGCUGGCAACACCAGCAGCUACACGUACCAGGCCAGCACCAACAACAUGCCGGGAGGAGGGUCCUCACCGGUUGGCCUCACCUCACCCUCGUCCCUGUCAGUUUACGGCUUUCAGAAUAAUCUGGCUCCCACUUCGAGCAGUGUGCUCACCACCAGUGGAGCCAACGUAAACGCUAACGUAGGAGUCACAGGUUACGGCGUACAGAAGAACCUGUCGAAUGGUGGUGGUGUCGUCAGCACUGGAAUCUCUACAACCACUAGAUCCCAAACUGAUGACACAUACAAGAAAAGGUUCCUGAUCUCAGAAAAGGAGAACGUUUCAGCCAAGAGAGACACGGAGACGCUCAUUUUGGCUAAAGACAGCGGGAAGCAGUUCACCAGCAGCAGCAGCGUUCACAUAGGAGGAGGCUCGUUAUCGGGAGAUUCGAUAAAGAAAGAGAAGCUUAUUUCAAGCUACAGUGAGACGAUGCCACUGAAGAUGGAGACAGGCAACUCUUACUACGGAUCAUCUGGAGUUGUGAUGAAAGACAAAGCCACCUAUGCAGAGAUUCACAGGGACAGCGGCAUCUUCGGAGGAGGAGGAGGGUUUUGCUGCUGCUCCGACUCCUGUUGCUCCUGGUGGAAAUGGCUGCUCGGUCUUCUCCUCCUCUCCCUGCUCCUGCUGGGUCUCCUGUUUGGGCUCAUUGCACUGGCUGAGGAUGUGAGAAAGCUGAAGAAUCGAGUGGCUACCCUGGAGGCAGAGUCCUCGGCCGCCAGUGCUCAUACCAGUCGGCUCUCAAGUUCUUCCAAUGACAUCAUUGAAGGAGGAGGAGGAGGAGGAGGCAUAGACUCCAAAACACGAGUUGGGAUUGCUGCUGGUGCCAGCAGUAGCGGUGGCAAUGACAUUGAUCUCGGUACUGCAGGUGGCAGUGCUGGCGGCACUGGUACCAGUUCCAGUGGCAGUGCUGGCGGUAGUUCCAGUGGCAGUGCUGGCGGCACUGGUACCAGUUCCAGUGGCAGUGCUGGCGGUAGUUCCAGUGGCAGUGCUGGCGGCACUGGUACCAGUUCCAGUGGCAGUGCUGGCAGUACCAGCUUCAGUGGUACUGGCCUCGGGACCGGCAUGAGUGGAGGACACAUGGACGUUGCUUAUAUUCAGAAGAUGAUUCAGAACAUGCUAACAACUGAGAUGCAUUCACAAACAUUCAGAGCUUUUGUAGCAUCCUCAGCACAGGGGGAGAGAGGACUGCCUGGACCUAGAGGGGACCCUGGAGCUAAAGGAGAUGCUGGUUUCCCUGGACUUCCAGGUGCUCAGGGUGCGAUGGGACAAACAGGCCCUGAGGGUCCUAAAGGACAGAAAGGAAGUCAAGGUGAUCACGGACUGGAUGGGCAACCUGGUAUCAGGGGUCGCGAGGGCCCUGCUGGCCCCAGAGGUGAGCCAGGACAUUCAGGCAUUGGACCGAAAGGUGACAAAGGUGCUGCUGGAGAUCCUGGGGUUCCUGGGCCUGUGGGAUCUGUCGGACCAAAAGGUGAACAUGGAGCUCCUGGGCUUUCUGGGCCACCAGGUCAACCAGGUGCUCAGGGUUUCCGUGGCGAGGCAGGGCUACCUGGGUCUAAAGGUGACAGAGGGCUUGCUGGAUUCCAAGGACUUAAAGGUGAAGCUGGGGACAAAGGUCUCAGAGGUCUGCCAGGUGAUACUGGUUUACCAGGUCUGCCAGGGCCAGCUGGAGAGAGAGGAAUCAAAGGGUCAAUGGGGGUGGCUGGAACUGAUGGUCAGAAAGGAUCAAGAGGUGACCACGGGCCUGCGGGGCCUCCCGGACUCAGAGGUCCUGCUGGGCCUCCUGGAGAUGCUGGACUUCCAGGAACACAUGGGCUUCAAGGACCACCAGGGAUACCAGGGAAUCCAGGACGACCUGGCGCCAAAGGUGAAACAGGAGCAGCAGGAAGAAUCAUCAAUGCAGCUGGCGCCUCUUCUGUUGGCAUCCCAGGACCACCUGGACCUGCUGGUCCUCCCGGCCCUGCAGGACCUCCAGGAUUAUCAGGUCCCAUUGGCCCUGCUGGUCUGCCUGGCCAACCUGGUCCUAAAGGUGACAGGGGAUAUAAGGGAGAUCAGGGAGAACAAGGAAUAAUAGUGAAAACGUCUGAAAGCACAACCAGAGGGGAGUUCAGUUCUGCACAACCUGGCCCACCCGGCCCACCGGGUCCUCCUGGACGUCCAGGAGAUUCAAGACAAGGACCUCCAGGACCACCUGGGCCUCCAGGUCAGCCAGGUUAUGGAAGACCAGGAGCUAAAGGAGAAAGAGGAGAACCAGGCUUUGCAUCCAGCUCUGGCUCUGGAACGUUUUACUCUGGACCACCAGGACCGCCAGGACCAGCUGGGCCCGCCGGGCCUAAAGGAUCAACAGGUUCUCCUGGACCAAGAGGAUACCAAGGUGAACCAGGCCAGCCAGGAAUUCCAGGAAGCUCUGAGAGAGUGUCUUAUUCUGGUGGGCACGGGAUUCCUGGGCCUCCUGGUCCACCAGGGCCUCCUGGACUUCCAGGACCGCAAGGAUUUAAAGGGGACCCUGGAGUUCCAGGUAGUUCUGGCCAUUCAAGAGGUGCCCUUACGGUCACCGCAGGCCCUCCUGGUCCCCCAGGUCCUCCUGGCCCUCCAGGUCAGCCGGGCUCCUUCGGCUCUUCUAGUGAGAUGCACCAGUACAUCACCAGCUAUCUAAGCAGAAGCAGACUGGCAGGAACCCCCGGACCUCCAGGUCCACCUGGACCUCCAGGAAUUCCUGCAACCUUCUCAGGCUCUAUGGACGACAUCGCCACUCGAAUCAUUGCAUACAUACAACGUUCGGGCUCAGGUCUCAGCAUUGGCGUUCAGGGUCCUCCAGGACCACCUGGUCCUCCUGGACCUGGCUCUGGAUCCCUGACAGUCAAUGCUCUCAUCACCAUGCUUCAGAGAGACGAUGUGAGGAGAUAUUUGUCAGGACCACCAGGGCCACAAGGACCACCAGGACCACCAGGGACAUCAGUAGGAGUUUCAGGCAGUUAUGGCAUAGAGGACAUAGCCAGAUAUGUCAUAUCAUAUAUCAAGAAUGAUGAAGGGUUUAGUAGAGGUCCACCUGGGUUACCCGGUCCUCCUGGGCCUCCUGGUGUCGGUGGCAUUGGUUUCAGUCACGCUGUGAUUGACUAUUCUGCACUGAUUAAACAACCAGAAUUCCAGGUAUGGUUUAAGUCUGCCGUACCGCAUGGUCCUCCUGGAACCCAAGGGCCACCUGGCCCUCAGGGCCCUCAGGGCCCUCAGGGGCCACCAGGAGUCUCCUCGGCCACUGUGUAUGGGGCGGGAGGUCGUGGCUACAGCUUUGAGGAGAUUCAGCGUUACCUGCAGGAUUCUAGGUUCAGAGGUCUUCCUGGCCCUCCUGGCCCUCCUGGUCCACAGGGUCCACCAGGCAGUUACACUGGAACAGUUUCAUACAGUGGAAACUUCCCUCGGGAGAGCCUCCGCUCGGAAAUCCAGGCGUAUCUGACCAGUGACAGUGUUCGUCAUGCCAUCAUCGGACCUCCAGGGCCUCAAGGACCAAGGGGUCAGAAAGGAGAGCGCGGAGAGCCGGGUUACGUUCAGGGCUACUUGCAAAGCCAGAGCAACUCUCAGGGCAACAGUCGCCACGGCUUCAGGCUGUCAGAUGCCAAUGUCAGGACGCACGUUGACACGAUGGACUACUCCAACGUUGCCAUGAAAGUUACUGAUUACAUCAAGAAUCAAGGCCUGCUGCAGGAGUAUCUGGUUGAGGGUCCUUGGAGGACGAACGUUAGAGCGAUCCAAGGCCCCCCUGGUCCACCUGGCCCUCCCGGACCAGCUGGUCAAAGCCGUGUCAUCGGUGCCUACGGCAAUGUCACAGCUGACCUCAUGGAAUUCUUCAGAACUUAUGGCACCAUCCCCGGCCCUCCAGGAGGCCCUGGACCACAGGGAGACAGAGGGUACCCAGGACCCAAAGGAGACAAGGGUGAUCCAGGUCCCCAGGGUUUACCGGGGGCAUACACUAUCCAAAUUCCACACAAACUGCAGAAGAGGGAUGCAGGAAAUAAAGUGGUCGGUCGUCACAAGAGGCAUCGCCGUCAGGCCAACGGUGGCUGAAGGGCUAACAUACUACUGGAUCACGUCAGAUUUCAUUUUUACUCGUCUUUUUUUAGGUUCAUCUGUAGUCAAAAUGCUCUUAAUUCUUGCCAUUUGUAGAAAAGUCAAGAGGACAAAUUUGAGAAAAUAAAAGCGGCCAAAAAACGCAUCAGUCUCUUUAAAAUGGCUUCAGUAGAGGUAUGGAUUUAGCUGCUGGUCAGUGUUUUUGUAACACAGACUUCAUUUUUUGACAUGUGGGUGUAAAAUGUUUACUUCGCUUAGUUAGAAGCUUGCAUUCAACCUUUUUCCAGGGGCAGCUUUGUUAAAGAGAAUAUCUAUUUUUAAGCAAUAAGUAGCUACAGUUUUAAUUGCACUUUGCAUCUUUUUUUCCCCAAUGCUUGUGUAACUUGAGUGUCUGGUGUACUGUUUUUUUGUAUUCAUUGUCUUUUGAGGAUUAUACUGUAUUGAGGACUAUAGGAGUGUUAAAUGUGUCAUUUAUGUUUCUUAAAAGGCUACAAUAUUGUCAGAUUAUCCACGUAAAUCAAGCCAAACUCCAGCCCUUUAAGACUGGCAGUUAUCCAUUCACCCCACACAAAUUACAUUUUAUAAAGCAAUGCAUCGUUAUCUGAACCUGACACAGUCCCGGUCAGACGGGGGCGAGGGUUUACAGUAAAUGUUGUUGCAGUCAGGACUGGUGAUUUACUUGAAAGGUUUGUUGGUAAAAUAAUGGUUGAAAGACAGGGACUCAGAUAAUCACUAACAAAUGACUGAUUGGAUUGUAUAUUUUUGUAUAAGAAUUGAUGUAUUUUCUUUAUACCUUUAAGUGUUGGAAAGAUUAAAUUAUAAAAUGUUCCCAGGUUAUGUUUUUACAUGAUUGAACUUAUUGACAUUUGAUCAAUAUAUUUGAAAGACACACAAAUAAAUCUAUUUUUGGACUUGUGA